AUGGAGCAGCCUAAAAGAGAAGGCUGCAGCCCAGGAAAGACCCCUCAGGGUCCAGCGUGCAGCUGUACUCCUGAGAACCAAGAGUGCAGUCUGCAGGGCCUAGGGUGUAACCUGGGGAAGAGUCAACUGGGACCAGAUUAUGGGUUAGGGAAUCCUUCUCCAGGCCCUGAUUCCAAGCCCCCAUCUUUACCCCUGCCCCCAACCUCACCCACACUCUCAGACUUGGGGCAGCCCCAGAAGUCGCCCCUAACAGGUGCUGAUAAGAAGUACCCCCUGAUGAAGCAGCGUGGGUUCUACUCUGACAUCCUCAGUCCUGGAGCUUUGGAUCAACUCGGGAACGUGUGCCGUGGUCCUUGCAUGACCCAGAACUUCCUACGGCAGGCUGACCUUGACAAGUUCACCCCAAAAGCUGGAACCUUCAAGAUUCCUGAGGACUUUGAGGAGCGAAUAGAGCAACAGUGCAUUGGGCCCACAACCCAACUGCUCACCCAGACUGACUUCCCACUGAAGGCCUAUGAGCCCAAGGUGCAGGUGCCCUUCCAAGUGUUGCCGGGCCAGUGUCCCCGCAAGACUGAGAUUGAGAGGAGGAAGCGGCAGUAUCUGAGCCUGGACAUCGAGCAGUUGCUGUCCAAUGAGGGCAUCGACUCCAACAAGCUCAUGCCCAGGCACCCAGACCCCCAGCACCCCCAAACCAUUGAGCAGGGCCAUGAUCCACUCUUCCCCAUCUAUCUCCCACUGAAGGUAUUUGACAAUGAGGAGUUUGACUGCCGGACUCCCAGAGAAUGGAUCGACAUGGGCUUGGAGCCAGGGUCUAUGGACAGGAAACCUGUCCCUGGAAAAGCCCUCUUGCCCACUGAAGAUGUCCUGGGGCACGAAGACCCCAAGAGUCAGAAGCUGAAGUACAAAUGGUGCGAGGUUGGCGUCCUGGACUACGACAGAGAGAGGAAGCUGUACCUGGUACACAAGACAGACGAGAAAGGCCUAGUGCGAGAUGAGACGGGGAAGCCCAUCCUGAAUGGAGGGGUCACUCCUGAAGGAAGGCCACCCCUUCAGCUUUGUCAGUACUGGGUACCACGGAUCCAACUUCUCUUCUGUGCUGAGGACCCUCGUGUGUUCACACAGCGUGUGGUCCGGGCCAAUGCCCUACGCAAAAACACAGAGGCACUGCUGCUCUACAACCUGUACAUAGACUGCAUGCCCUCCGAGGGCCAGAGAAUCAUCAAUGAGCAGAGCCUGAGCAGGAUCAAGCAGUGGACCAUGAGCACGCCCCGGAUGCGCAAAGG